AUGCAAAUUGACAAUAAAGAGAGAGCGAUUCAAAAGAAAAUUCGAAGCGGGAGCAUCAAUGAAAAAAAUUAUCCAAAUUAUUACCAAAUAUUAGGAGUAGACCUCGAUGCUUCCGACAAAAAAAUUCGAGAAGUUUUUGUCAAGUUAUCCUUAGAAAGACUUGAAAAAGAAAAGAAAGGGGAAAUUUCGAUAGACGAAAGCACUUCCUUAGCACUUGAAAUGAUGGAGGCUUAUGGUGUUUUGUCCGACCCCGACGAAAGAGGGAGAUAUGAUUGA